ACUUACUCAUCAUCAUCAUCAUUUUAAAUAAAUACACCACCCCAUCACUCUUUCUCUCUAUACUACUCUUCUCUCUCAUGGCAAUGACAAUGUCUAUUUUAUUUCUUCAUCUCAUUUUUUUUACCAUGAAAGUGUUUUGUUUCUCUCCUCAUUUUCAUGCAGACAAAAUUGUUACCCUUCCUGGACAACCACAAAACAUAGCCUUUCAACAAUUCUCAGGAUAUGUCACAGUUGAUAACAAAAAACACAAGUCACUUUUUUACUACUUUGCUGAAUCAGAAACUGAUCCUUCUUCAAAACCUCUUGUUCUUUGGCUCAAUGGUGGACCUGGUUGUUCUUCUCUUGGAGUAGGUGCAUUCUCAGAAAAUGGACCCUUUAGACCAAAUGGUGAUUUUCUUAUUAAAAAUGAACAUAGUUGGAAUAAAGAGGCAAACAUGCUUUAUUUGGAAACACCAGCUGGAGUUGGAUUUUCUUAUGUUAAAGGUAGUUCUGCUUAUACCACAACAGUAAAUGACGACGAAACAGCAAGGGACAAUCUUGUAUUCUUGGAACGUUGGUUCAACAAGUUUCCUCAAUAUAGAAACAGAGAUUUGUUUCUAACUGGUGAAAGUUAUGCAGGUCAUUAUGUUCCUCAACUUGCAAAGCUUAUGAUUGAAAUGAACAAAAGAAACAAGAUAUUCAACCUUAAAGGCAUAGCCUUGGGAAAUCCAGUUCUAGAAUAUGCAACUGAUUUCAAUUCAAGGGCUGAAUUCUUUUGGUCACAUGGACUAAUAUCAGAUGCAACUUACAACAUGUUCACUAGAGUGUGUAAUUACUCUCGUUAUGUAAGUGAGUACAAUAGAGACUCAGUUUCACCUCUUUGUUCAAAGGUUAUGGGAUUGGUGAGUAAAGAAACUAGUAGAUUUGUGGACAAAUAUGAUGUCACUCUUGAUGUUUGCAUUUCCUCUGUGCUGUCACAAUCCAAGGUUAUUUCUCCUCAACCUCAACAAGCAAAUGAAAUGAUAGAUGUAUGUGUGGAUGACAAGGUUACAAACUACUUAAACAGGAGAGAUGUGCAAGAGGCACUUCAUGCAAAGCUCGUUGGAGUUCGCAAGUGGGAUGUCUGCAGCAAUGUACUGGACUAUGAUGUGCUUAACUUGGAAGUGCCAACACUUCCUGUUGUUGGAUCAUUGAUAAAAGCUGGAGUUAAGGUCCUAAUUUACAGUGGAGAUCAAGACUCAGUGAUUCCACUGACUGGAAGCAGAACCUUAGUUCAAAAAUUGGCUAGACAAUUAGGACUGAAUACAACAGUUCCUUACAGAGUAUGGUUUGAAGGCCAACAGGUUGGUGGGUGGACUCAAGUUUAUGGCAAUGUUCUCUCAUUUGCCACAGUGAGAGGUGCUGCACAUGAAGCUCCUUUCUCACAGCCUGAAAGAUCACUCGUGCUAUUCAAAUCAUUCUUGGAAGGAAGGCCUUUACCUGAAGUUUUCUGACACACCCUUUCCCUUUUGUGUGUUUACUAUUUAGUUGAGAUUGUAACUUGUAAGUAAGCAUUAUCCUUUAAUAUCUAAUGGAAAAUGUUACAUAAACACCCUUUAUUCAUACAUCCCAUUGUACACCCCAUGUAUUAGGGAUAUUUUGGUAAGUUCAUCUCACAACCACACUUUAUUUUCUAUUUAUGUGGGGUCCAGAUUACCACAUGCCAGAAUUUUAUGUGGGUGUAAAGGGUGUAUUGCCACAUGGAGUGGUACAUGUAUCACCACUCAUAUCUAAUAAUCAGUAAAGUAAUGUGGUAGUAACUGUGCAGAAUGUCAAAAAGAAAAGUUGGCCAGUUUUUUAUAUUAUUUUUUUGGCCUUUUUGGUUUUCAACCUUUUGUACUUGAGUUUUUGUGUGCUUGCUUGUUCUUUAUUGAGCUGUUAAUUAAGUCUAGUGAAGAGAUUAUGUAAAA